GACGGACAGCAUGGGCGUCCCUUUGAUCGACCGCGCCCGAAUGGAGGAGAUCUGGAGCACGCAGCGCCGACACCUCGACUGCAUUCAGGACCCUGCGGGAGUGGACCUCUACACCAAGACGGGAGAGCUCACCAAAGGCGGGGUGAGGCUCCCCGUCUACCGGUGCGGCCGAGGCUCCACUUCCCUGGAAUCGUUCCACCUGCACCUGUGCCGCUUCAUCCCAGGACAAUCUGCAAGUGAUGUACACUUCCAGGUGUACCUGCUGGAGGGCCUGGUGCGGUGGAACGAGAAUCGAGGCAGGGCGGCAGUCGAGGGAGGACAGAGGUCGCCGCUGCGUUGCUACAGUGCCCAGCUGCAGCACAGCUUCGACCAGCUGACCCAAGAGCUUCUUGGGCGCACGCUGCUCGACAUGUACACCAUGCCCAGGGAGUACACAGGGGAACUCAUUGGGGUGGAGUACCUGUUCUCCCAGACGGGUGCUGUGCUGCAGCAGGACCUCGGUGAUCCUGACACUCCAGGGACUGAUGAGGAGGAAGCGGGGGGGGGCAGUGAUGAAGGGUUCGGGGAGGAGGAGGAGGAGGAGGAGGAGGAGGAAGAGGAGCCAGAGGAGAUUUGUCUCCUCGAACACCACAGUGCUCUCCUUCAGUCCUCAAACCUCACCCGCCCCCCCCGCUUGGACCAAAUGGAGGUGCAGCAGGCUGAGGAGGAGGAGGUUAUCGGGCCAGACGGUCGCAGCGGCUACCAGCCCGUUGUGGCCCUGGCCCAGGCCCUGGUGGAACUGCGCCACCGCCGCUACGUCACUCCCAGGCAAGCCAGAGAGGUUACCGCUCUCUGGCUGAAGUUGAGUGACUGGGACAAGGCGGCGGUCAAAUUCCCCCCCCGUCACCAGGACCGGCUCGUCCAGGGCCGAUUCAGGACCAGCCAGCGGCACGCUCACACGCCAGGGGUGGAUAGUGUGAAGCGUGCGGUCCUGGGCAAGGGGGCGGGAGCGGCGCAGUCUCCCGAUGUGUCAAGGCUUGUGGAGGCUGUCCUGCUGGACCUCAGCAUCCUCCACUGCGGCGAGGAGAGGACGAUUGCCGGGGUCCGCCUUCAUCGCUGGAGUGCCGUCAUGAGGGACUAUCAAACAAUUCGAGAGAAUGUUUAUAGUUGUGCAGCCCUCAUGACGAGCACCCGCAUCCAGCUGUAUGAGGUCAAUCAGCGGACCCUGACGCAAUGGCACACCAAGAGGAGCAAGGCGAUGAUGAGGGACACCAUCGCCAUUGCAGUCCCGGGGCCCAGCGCUUCCCAGACUGCAGCGGAGCCCCUGCCUGCCCCACGGACUGUGGGGCAGCAGCCUGAUCAGCCAGACCAGCCCCUCCAGCACCGCCUGCCUGCGGACGCUUCCGGUCUGGCUGCCACCAUCAGAGGGCCGCUGGCCCCGGAGCUAUACGACCUCAUCGUCGCCAGCUCCUCAACUGCCACCACCUCCUCCUCCUCCUCCUCCUCAGCCACCCCACAAGCCUCCACCAGUGCCAGCGCGGACGCCGUCCCAUCCACCAGUGCCAGCGCGGACACUGUCCCGUCCGCCAGCGCAGAGGGGACUACGACUGCACCUCCUCCUCAUCCUCCUCAUCCUCCUCCUCCUCAGCCUCCUCAUCCUCCUCGUCAUCCUCCUCCUCCAGCUCCUCUCCUCGACAGCUUCAGGCAGCAGAGCCAGUGGCGGGGACCAGCAAGCCCACCUGUUGCACUCUGUACAGGCGCAAAAUUAAAGCGGCAAAAGACAAAAAAGUCCUCCAAAGUAGCAGGGGAAAGCCACAGCACAAGCCUGGGGACCCCUGCUACAUCUGUGACCAAGCAUGCACGGUGGAUGGUGGCCACGCGUACUUCAAGGGCCAAUACUUUUGUGCUGUGAAAGAGGGCCCUGGAGGACGCACAGUGCAAGAGUGGACCAGGGAACAGCUUGGCCCUGGUGAGCUGCAUAAGCUCCCCAGAACAACAGCCUGGAACCUCAAACGGAAGUAUGAGAAACCAGAGAAACCGGGGGGGGGAAGUGAGGAAGCCCCACAAACUGAGGAUCUGCCAGCUCUGUGGCCAGCCACAGCAGAAAGACUUUGGCCACAGCCAAUAUGGGGGAGAGCACUUCUGUGCUCUUUAUGAAGGGAAGACUGUGGAGCUGUGGCUGGCUGAGAAGAGGUCACAAAAACAUUAAAAUUAUCCAACUGUACUGUAUUAUCCAAGCACCUUAUAUGUUUCAUCUGUUCAUUGCACCUUAUAUUUUUUAUUUUUACUUUGGACUGCAUUAUACUGGUUAUUUAUACAUAUUUUAUAUUGCAUUCUAUAUUGCUUUUUUUGAUUUGUGUGUGUGUGUGUGUGUGUGUGUGUUUGUUUGUUGUUACUGUGUGUAAUGCUGCUGCUACACUGCAAUUUCCCAGCUUAUGUUAUACAUUUUGACCCUUUCUAAUAAACAUUUAAUUGAUUAAAUCCUUGUCUUCUCUAUUUAAAUAUUUUUUAACAUAACUUUUUAAACCUGGAGCCA